AUGGAUAAUAAGCUAUCACUGGGUUACAAUGUAGAAGGGAGAAUAGAAAGAUCCCCACUUGGAGUCAUAUCUUACAUUCUCAACAUCAUAGGAAUCAUUGGCAAUGCUGUGGUUAUACAUAUCUUUCGAACACGUACUGGCCCUUCCUCAAAUUACAGAAUCUUUGUUCUCUUUCUUUCUGUUGUCGAUCUUUCUCUAUGUAUUUCUCACAUUGCUAAAGAACUUAGCAGAAUGAUAUCGGUCUACCAUGAGGUGACCGGGACUAAUCUGACAUGUAAGAUUUCUAACUAUAUUGGUAAUUCUGUGGGGAUGGCUUCUCUUCUGAUUGUAGUUUUCAUUGGUUUCGAAAGAUACAGAAAAAUCUGCACUCCUUUCAAAUCUCAGAUAACUACGACACACUCAAAAAUAAUGUGCUUGAGUGUGAUUUGCAUUGGUUUUGUCUUACAAUUCCCAAUUUAUCUGUUUCACGGAAAAAGAUAUGUACAAGUAGAAAACAUUAAUGCUACUCGAUGCAGCAUAGAAAACAAAUAUGAUGAGAGCCUUUUAACGCUCAUCUAUUAUAAUUUCGUAUUCUUGGCUGCGAUCACGGGUGUUAUACUUGUAGUAGUAUUUCAAGUAAACAUACGAAACGCUCUUGUUGAGAAAUCUAAAACAAAAAGACGAAUGAAAGCAAGAGCUGAAAAACAAAGCUCUGGUGAAGAUCAGACAGAAUGCAGCAAUAGAAAAGUGGAUGGAAAGAAAACUAAUCAAACAUUGUCAAAUACAUCAGCAGCAGACCAAGAGGCAGAAAAGAACAAACGAAUAGCGAUAACGUUUGCCUUUGUAACUGUUUUCUUGGUUGCCAGCUUCAUAACAAUUACUUUGUUUCAGACUAUCCGAACUACUCAAAACUAUUUCUUUCCACGAGAAAAAAUUUCUAAAAUAGAAGACAUUGUUGACAGUUACAUGCCAGAUAUCGUAGUCAUUAAUGGGAUUUUGAAUCCAUUUGUUUACUUUUUUACCGAUGCUCAGUUCAAGACAGAAGUAAUGAAACUAUGUGGUAGAGUCUAA